AGGCCUGCCAACAACAUUAGACAGCUGAUCCUCACUCCCACCCACCACCAAAGAAAAUGUGUUUCCCCACUCGGGCAUAGAAGCCUAUGCGACCAUUCUCUAAAAUAUUUAAGCUCCAGAAUCACAGAGAGGAAACUGCAAGGCUCCUGGCUCCCUGCUGGCAGAGGGAAUCUGGAGAAACCAUUCCUGGGGCCCCGGGGCCCGGUCGUGCCCUUGUUCAGCCCUCGGAAUGACCAUCACUUGGCCCUUGGUGAGAAUAGCCCGCUAAAACCCAGGGUCGUGACCGUGGUGAAGCUAGGGGGGCAGCCCCUCCGUAAGAUCACCCUGCUUCUCAACAGGCGGUCGGUGCAGACUUUCGAGCAACUCAUAGCAGACAUCUCCGAAGGCUUGGGCUUUCCAAGAUGGAAGAAUGAUCGUGUGAGGAAACUAUUUAACCUCAAGGGCAAGGAAAUCAAGAGUGUCUCUGAUUUCUUCAGGGAAGGGGAUGCGUUCAUUGCCAUGGGCAAAGAACCAUUGACGUUGAAGAACAUUCAGGUGGCUAUAGAAGAACUAUACCCCAACAAAGCCCGUGCGCUGACAUUGACCCAGCACAGCCGUGUCCCUUCUCCACGGCUGAGGAGCAGGCUUUACAGCAAGGCUCUGAAAGGGGACCACCAGUGUGGGGAGUCUGAAACCACCAAGAGCUGCGGUGAGCCGGCGGGUUGCAAGACAGCCAUCAGGCUCCAGGGAAAGACCUCUGUGGGGCUGGCUCUGGAAGACCGGGUGAGGGCCCAGAAGAAGUGGGCAAGGGGGAAAUGGGAGCCUGAACCCGGUAGCAAGCUGCCCAGGGAAGCCACUUUGGAGGAGAGGCAUGCCAGGGGAGAGAAGCACUUGGGGGUGGAGAUUGAAAAAACCUCCGGUGAAAUUAUCAGAUGCGAGAAGUGCAAGAGAGAAAGGGAGCUCCAGCAGAGGGAGAAGCUGUCCCUGGGGACCAGCGAGCUGGACAUGGGGAAGUGCUCAAGGUAUGACGUGGAGAAGCUAGUGAGGACCAGAAGCUGCAGGAGGUCUCCUGAGGCAAACCCUGCAGGGGAGGAGGAAGGGUGGAAGGGUGACGGCCACUGGAGCAUCCCCAGGAACCCCACUCAAGAACUGAGGAGAUCCAGCAAGAGCACUGACAAGAAAGAGGACAGAGACCCUGAGGGUCCAGAAGGCCAUCCUCAGGGGGCAGCCAAGGCCAAGAAGGAGGACGUUGUACCAGUCGCGGAGGAAGGGAAGAAAGACCCCAGGCAUGUUUGCAGGAGCAAGCAUGGCGGCUGGCUCCUGAGAGAGCACCAGGCUGACGCGGAGCGGCUCCCCAGGACUCGGGGAGAGGAGAAGGACACAGAGAAGGAGAAGAAGCCAUGCGCGUCAGCGGGGAGAAAGUUGGCUCUCAGAGACGACCAGCCUGCGAGGGUAGAAAAGGAGCCCAAGCCCCGGCCGGAGGAGGGCCGGCUGGAGCGGCCGGGCGGCCGGAAGGCGCGGCCCGCGGGCGUCCUGGCGGCCGACGUGGAGAAGCACUACGAGACCGGCCGGGUGCUCGGCGACGGCAACUUCGCGGUGGUGAAGGAGUGCAGGCACCGCGCCACCAGGCAGGCCUACGCCAUGAAGAUCAUCGACAAGGCCCGGCUCAAGGGCAAGGAGGACAUGGUUGACAGUGAGAUUCUGAUCAUCCAGAGCCUCUCCCACCCCAACAUCGUGAAGCUGCAUGAAGUCUACGAGACGGACUCUGAGAUCUACCUGAUCCUUGAGUACGUGCCGGGUGGGGACCUUUUUGAUGCCCUGAUAGAAAGUGUGAAGUUUCCCGAGCCCGACGCUGCCCUCAUGAUCAUGGACUUAUGUAAGGCCCUCGUCCACAUGCACGACAAGAGCAUCGUCCACCGGGACCUCAAGCCAGAAAACCUUUUGGUUCAGCGGAAUGAGGACAAAUCUACCACUUUGAAAUUGGCUGAUUUUGGACUUGCGAAGCAUGUGGUGAGACCUAUAUUUACUGUAUGUGGCACUCCGACUUAUGUAGCUCCUGAAAUUCUUUCUGAGAAGGGUUAUGGACUGGAGGUGGACAUGUGGGCUGCAGGAGUGAUCCUCUAUAUCUUGCUGUGCGGCUUCCCCCCCUUCCGCAGCCCAGAGAGGGACCAGGAUGAGCUCUUUAACAUCAUCCAGCUGGGCCACUUUGAGUUCCUACCCCCCUACUGGGACAAUAUCUCUGAUGCUGCCAAGGAUCUGGUGAGCCGGUUGCUGGUGGUAGACCCCAAAAAGCGCUACACAGCCCACCAGGUUCUUCAGCAUCCCUGGAUCGAAACAGGUGGCAAGACCAGCAUGGUGAACCUACAAAAGGAAGUGUCCCCCAGCAGCGAGGGCCACUGCUGGAGCCAGCACAAGAGGGUUGCAGAGCAGACAUUGUAGUCACCACCUCAGGCAUCUGUUCAGUCCCCAGUUUUGCUCAAGGACAGAGAAAAGGAUAGAAGUUGGAGAGAAAAACAGUGAAAGAAGUUUCUUCAUAUAAUUGGAGAAUCAGGGGAAGAAACACUCAGUAGAUUUUAAAGCAUAUUACAAAAGUAAACUGAAUUUUAAUGUUAAAUGUUGUAACAUUUUUAGAUUUGUAUAUUUGAAGCCUUUAAUACAUUUUUUUUUGGGUAAGAAUUAUCAUCAGCGAGGGGUUUUGGUAAUAAUGGUGUAUUCUGCUUUCUCUUUGUAAUUAUGUUCAUGCUGUACUACAGGAGUGGUGCUUUAUCAGGGUCUAAACUCCCCCUGUGAGAUUAAUAAGGUGCACUGUCAUCUUUCUGUGUUAAUAAAACAUGCUCUGAAUAA